UUUGUUCAUGUUCAUAUUUGAUUAAAAGCUUUAUUUUUAUAUAUAAAGGGAACAAUUCUAUUGAGAUUCAAAAAUAACAUUAUCACCCGUUCAUUUUUUACAGAUUUUCAUUUGAAACAAACCUAGAGAUGGAUGUGCUGGAGUAUAGAGCAGUUCUGGUAUGGAAGAUUUUUCCACCUUUUCUGCUACUAUUUGGUACAUUUGGAAAUUUGUUGACGAUAAUCGUGUUAACGCACCGAAGAAAUCGAUAUACGUCGACUGCGAUAUACCUAACCGCACUAGCAGUCUCCGAUUUUCUCGUGCUUUGGACAGGCCUUCUGAGACAGUGGAUAAUUUACACGUUUGAUAUAGAUAUUAGAGCUCAGUCGGCAUUUGGGUGCAAAUUACAUUUGUUUUUUAUUUAUGGAUCCCUUUUGUGCUCAUCUUGGUUUUUGGUCGCCGUAACUAUAGAGCGUUUUGUUAGUGUGUGGUUUCCACACAAAGUUAAAUCUGUGUGCAGCUUGAGGAACGCGUGUGCCGUAAUUACACUUAUUGUGAGUGUUAUUUUUCUUUUGAAUAUCCAUUGGCUUUAUGGCGUUUAUCUUGCACCAGUUCAAAGUUCAAGCAACAUCACAACAAAGUCUGCAUGCGGACUUGUUAAAAACUCAGAGUACCGAGAAUUCUUUGUGUAUUACGAAUGGAUAUAUUUAUGUAUAUUUUCUCUGGUUCCUUUGACAGUACUUACGUCAGCAAAUAUUUCGAUUAUUGUCCGCUUGCUUAUCAGAAAACUAAAAACAAGGAUACAAGUGGCACCAAAUAAUGGAAUAUUGGCUGCAAGAAGGAAUAACGUUUCGCAAUUAACCAUAAUGCUGUUGAUAGUGAAUACGAUGUUUAUUAUUUGUACCCCUCCGAUAUCAAUCUACAACAUUUGGGAAGAUCAGUGGAAAGCAUCAGCAAAAACAAGUCAGGAAGAAGCUGCUCUUAAACUAACCUGGGCUGUAGUCAACUUGUUAAUGUAUCUGAACACAACACUAAAUUUCUUUCUUUAUUUUCUAAGUGGGUCAAAAUUCCGGAAGCAAGUCAAAGACUUCUUUUGUCGCGGGCGGAACCGCUUUGGGACAAGCAUUACACAACCAACUGAUGAAACCUGAAAUAUGAAAAAUAUUCACUUUUUUUCUUUGGAAUCAUCUACUUAUGUCACUGCAUAUUGGCAAUUAUUUUAAUGUGUCAUAAGAUGCCGUAGGUUUAGGGAACUAAAUUUUAAAGGAGUUGUAGCAAUUAUGGCCAUAGAGAAAUGUGCUUUGCUAUAUAUCAAUGCAUUUUGCAUGCAUUGGCAACCAUGAAAGUAAGUUUGUUGUUUUGCUUUUUUUGCUCAGCUUUUAUAUACUUGAAUGAUACUGAUUUUGUUU